GACCAGGCAUUCGUUUCAUACAUAGAAGCCAGACCAUUUGGGGUCCAUAUAUAUAUUACAUUUAUUUAGAAAUAUUACAGCAUGAUAGUGCAGCAUGAUAAAAUUUUCUUGACUUCGUAAGAAUGGCAGCUUGUUUAUUGAGGAUGUAGGAAAACCACAUAAUAAUUAAUUACAGUAAUCCAGUGUAGAGGCAUGAACUAGCUUUUCGUCAUCAGAUGGUGGAAGAAGGCUGAGUCUCAUUGCCCAAACAGUAGGAAACUACUAAGAAACAAAAAUAGUAACACUUUGCAGUAACAAAUACAACAUUUUACCUCAAUCCCUGUAACACUACAUGCUAUUUUCUUACUAGACUUCCGACAUGGCAUCUUUAAUUAAAUGAAAACAACAUAUUCACACAAUUUCAGACAAGGCUUAGUCCUACACUAAAAUGUAAUUCUGAGCUGUUUCAGCUGAAAGAAACUUGCACCAAAUGAUCUAAAAUAUGUGCCUUUGUUUUGUCUCAUGAUGCACACCUAUAAUGUUUUUCUCUAAGGCAAGUUUAUAAAAAAUGACUUCAAUGUCCUAAUUGAACUAUGGUUUAAUCUUGGUUUAGCUGAAACCUGGCCAUUGUGAUACGAUGCAUUAUUGAUAAACGAGAGAAGCGCAGCGCCGCCUGCAGGACACACCGAGCACUGCAGGACCGGGCGGGGAAGGGAAGAACCGAGCAGAUUAACGGUGGAAAAACGCAGCUUUGUCUGUUUACACUGGGGUUAUCUAGCUAGAUGUCUGUGACCUGCUCCAUUAUAGUUUAUUCACAGAGACAAUACUUCGUAGGCUUAAAGAAUAAAUCCGAUGGCGACCGAAUGCAACCAAGAAGCGGUUUUAUACUUCAUAAAGGAGAGAGGAGGUCGCGUGAAAAACGUGGAUUUAAUGGAUUAUUUUCGUUCGACAAUCCCCAAGGAUCCUGCAUUAAAACACGUGGCAAAGGAAGCCUUUAAACGGUAUGUAGACGGCGUGGCUUACGUUAAAGAGGAAAAUGGUGAUAAGUACGUUUGCCUUAAAAAGAAAUUUAGGAAACCAUCUGGUUCAAACGAGAAGAUUGACAGAAAGAGUCCAGAAGAGGAGCACAAAUCCCGUGGAGAUCCCAGAAACCUCGUGUUCUCAGAGGCCUGUGAGAGAAAAGAAGGGAUGUUACCUGGUUCAGGUUACGGAACAGGUAAUAAGGGAGGUGCGCAAUCAAAGGCGGAUAUUUCUGUCAGAUUUCCAGAGGUUGUGAAAGAGUCAGGAAGAGGCAGGACAGAAUCUGAGCAGCAGAACGGCGGAGGACAAACCUGCUGAAAUAUGAGUAUAAAUCAAGCCCAGGCGGCAGAGAAAAGUCCAAAACCCGAGAAAUCUGUGUGUAGUUCUCCAUAUUUACAGAGAAAUCCAACUCACGUUGCUGAAGUGAAUGACGAAUCACAGGAAGAGUCCGGGAAAGAAAACAGAGCCCAACGCCCGAGAGCUCGGCAGGUCGACGACUUAACAGAUGAAGAGCAGCCGGACUCCAUCAGCAACACUCCUCAGGCGCGGAGGCAGUGUCUCUGGGGCAGAUGCAGAGACUGUCCUCGGGCAGACAGCGACUGUGAGGCGGCCGCGGCGACGCUCGAGCCGCUGGAGCACGAGUGGAUGAUGUGCGCGUCUGACGGACACUGGGAGAGCCUCCAGCGGCUGCUCCUCACAGACACCAGCCUCCUUACGAGGAGAGACUUUGUGACGGGAUUCACCUGCCUGCACUGGGCUGCGAAGCUCGGCAAACACGAGCUGAUUGUAAUGCUUUUCAACUUCGCCAAAGAGCAUCGAGUCACGGUGAACGUCAAUGCGCGUUCCAGCGCGGGAUACACGCCUCUCCAUCUCGCUGCGAUGCACAGUCAUCUCGAGGUCCUUAAAUUAUUAGUCGGAGCGUUUGACGCCGACGUGGAGGCACGGGAUUACAGCGGGAGGAAAGCGUGUCAAUACCUGAAGAGCGACAUCGCGCAAAACAUCCUGGACAUCGCGGGCGCGUGCGUGGCGUCUGACGCAGACGGCGUGGAUGCUGAGGACACGAGUCGCUGGAGAUUAUCCAGAGUUAUUCAGUCCAACUUUAGACCUCUGAAAACUCAUAACAGCGGCGAAGAGGACGGCGGAGGCUUCACCAAACACAGAUCUCUCCGCAGGAAAUCUUCCUUUACUAAAAUGAAGCCCAGUAUCAAUAAAAUCCGCAUGAGGUCGCAGAUAGUCCACAGCACUUCUCUCCUUGACAGAUUUGAUAAAGAUACUGCAGAAGAGUCCCCAAACCUUUUAAGACCCAAAUCAAACCUCUUUGGAUGAAUAUCUGCAGUCUCUUUUGUUUACGGAUAGCUUUUGAUGAUCUCUUUCUUUGCACAAUAUGUGUUUUAAACACAACGAUUUGGUAUCACACUGUUUUAAAUGAUUUACAGAUAAUAGCUGAAUGCGACAUACAGCAUAUAAAACCUUUCUUUUAAGGGAGGCUGUAAUGUCUUUUGUUACAGACCACUGACUUUGGUUUAAAAGAAACACUGGUUUUGUUUUGUUAAACUAAACUGUCUGUAAAUAACAAGAUGUAAUUUACUGUUGAGUGUCCUGAACUAGAGUUCAUGUACAAUUUUUGCCUGUAUAUCUUUAGUGUCUUCAUGUCUUUGCAUAUGCUUAAAGGACCUAUAACUUCUUGUGAUAUGUGAGUAAAGUGAAUAUUGGAUGUAAUAUCAAA